CCUCCACUCUGCACUAACAGCUGAAGAGUGAAGUGGAACAGGCGAAGCGUUGGCAGUGAGAAACGAAGGGUUGCUUUUGGCUCACAUCUAAACCAACAACUAAGCCUCUACUGCACAGCACCAAAGUGUAUAGAAAUGGGCUGUAGGCUACCUAAGCCACGUGGUUCAGAUGAGGCUCCAGGAAAGAUCUAUUCGACCCUAAGGAAAGCCCAGGUGGAGACGCACACUGGAGUGGCCUACACAUACCACUUUCUGGACUUUCUUUUAGGAAAAGAAGAGGUGGCAGUGUCGUCGUUGCUGUGUCUGUCCUCUGUAAGAGAGUUACCUGUGCAGGUGUGCGAGUUGUAUCAGCAGGGUUUUAUCCUGGCAGCUGUUCAUCCAUUUGUUCACUCGUGCGGGCCUGCUGGAGCAAACCUACAAAGGCAGCUACACCGUGCAGUGCUCAUCAGAGAGACAAACAGCUGUUCAGAGAAUGGCACACUGAAAUGCGUGAGACCUCGUCUGGAGACAGACGUCUGUUUCUCUGGCCUUCAAGCACCUGACCCGGGAGUGAUUCAGGGCUAUGUGAAAAAGGUGCAGGACCUGGCUGAUUCAGGGGUCCUGUUUGUGGGCUUUCUGCAGCAGCCUGGUGGGGGGCCGUGUUUUCUGGGUCACGGUGACAAUGACGAACUCUCCUCUCUUCACUCCAGUCCCUCCCCCAUACACGAACACACACAAGCCCCAGCGAUCAGCCCAACCAGCCAGGACAAACAUAUCAACCACUGCAAGAAUGAGGACAACCAAAUGCAGAGCUAUAAAAACAAGGCCUCUCCAAGCCAGGACUAUGGAAGUGAGGCCAGACUGCAGCAAGAGCAAGAAACCUGCCAAUGCCAGAAUCACCAGAAGUCUUUUCCUGUUCAACACCAAAGUUCAGACCAUCAAUACCCUGAGGCUGGUAGACAAGAGGACGGAGACAGAGGACAGAGGACAGAGGACGACACACACCAAGACAGAACAGAUGAGCCCAGAUCCAGCUCAACAGAACCAAAUCUGGCUGAAGGGGAUUGUCCCCUUCAGGCAAACAGUGAAAGCCAAAGGCCAGAGAACCCAGAGUGGAUCAAGAAUCCUGACAAAGCUGGAAAACAGCCUGGAACCACCCAGUCCCUCAACCGUGUGCAGGUGUUCGCUCUCUAUAACCAUGCUGUGGUGCUCUCUGGGUCGCCAAGGUUCUAUUCUUUGAGAAUUCCACUGCAGGUGCACGAGGAGGCAGGGCUGAUCACUACAGUCGACACUCACUGGCUUGAUCACAUGACCCAGCACUUCAGAAGCGGCGCCCAACUCAUUGAUGGCUACUUUCAUAUAGGAGAUGAUGCGGAGUCGUCCUCCACUAUAGAGAGUGUGUUCAUAUUCCAGAGUGCAUCUGAUGACAUCAUGACGGCUACUACGUACGACGCAAUCGUAGUUGAGCAGUGGACGGUCAUUGAUGGCGUUGCUGUAAAAACAGACUACAUCCCUUUGCUGCAGUCUUUAGCUCCAUACGGAUGGAGGCUGAUGUGUGUGCUGUCCACUCCCAUAGUCAAAACAAACAGUGAUGGCAGUUUAGCCACAAAACAGAUCCUCUUCCUCCAGAGACCUGUGCUGUCCCGCAAGAGAAGAGACUUCACGAGGCUUCACCUCAAAGGUCGCGACAAGAGGAACUUGAAUAAUAAAGAGACAGUAGGGAGGGAAAUACUGAGUGCUGCAUCUCCGGCGGUGACGGUGGAGAAGGGAACGGAGAGAAUGAUGAAGGAGAGUGAGAGCUGCAUGAAGGAUGAAGAGAUGGAAAACGAACAGUGUGUGAGAGAGAGCCUGAAAAGGAUUGGUGAUGAUGCAAGGACUUUAACGGAUGUUCAAAAUAGAGAUGUAGCUCAAGAAGAAAAGGUGGAGGUGAAGAGUGCAAGCACCAAUCAGGACGCAAAGGGUGGAGUCAAACGUGGCUCACAGGAAGAGGAAGUGAGGCUGCUGGGCCCAGAGCGAGCGCUGUUCUCUGGUGUGUGCUGAGUCAGGUGCUUUAUUGAAUUAUGAUUGUGUAACCACUCGUCUCAGUACCGGUUUUAACAUGCUCUCAUUAGUGUUGCCUCACCGGUUCCCCUCCAGGGAAUCUCUGAUGCCAAAUCAAGGAUUGUUCCAGUACUGGUUUUGCUCAAGUGAAGGGUGUGAAGGGUGUUAAGGGUGUUAAGGGUAGUAGGGGAAAGUGAAGUUAUAUCAGCAGUCAUGUAUGAGAGAUGUAGUAGUUUGGAAGCCCAGAAAAUCAAAUGGGAUGUUUUUGAUAUCCAUCCAUCCAUCCAUCCAUCCAUCCAUCCAUCCAUUUUCUAAGCCGCUUCUCCGUCAGGGUCGCGGGGGGGUGCUGGAGCCUAUCCCAGCAGUCUUCGGGCGAAAGGCAGGAUACACCCUGGACAGGUCGCCAGUCCAUCGCAGGGAUGUUUUUGAUAUGUUAAACAUUAUUAAGUAGUUUACAGAUACAGCUUUAUAAACAGCUUUGUCCACCAUAAUCUUUAGGCUCAAAAGGAGAAAUGCAUCAGGUCACAAUGAUAACCAGGCAAGUUCUGCUACUGAAGUCGGCACUUGUCCACAGAACUCCAGUCUAAUGUCCUUCACUUGAGCCAAUAAAAUAAUGUAACUUCUUAAGAUUGCCCCAGGGUUUCGACUGAGGGGAAAUGAUGAGGCCAAGUAGUUAAGGGGUUGUUAGAACUGGGCAGCUGCAAUCAGCUUUGUUCACAAUUUUGUUUUUUUUUUUAGGUUUUAAAAAGGGAAAUGAGUCAGGUCACAGUGAUUACACUUAAGUUCACUUGAAAGGCUCUACACUACUGCUCUCCAAACUUCUUCAGACAUCUUGAAAAAACACAAUUUGUGUUACAGGGUCUGCAUGGCUAACAGAUUAGCUUACUGUGGCUGACCUAGCAGAGGGCAAGUGCGUUCAGAUUGAAUAACCGCACUGGAGUGAGUCAAAGUUGGUGAGGGCAUAUUAAAACUACUGAAACAGGCUCUAUAUGUACAUUUACAUUGAGUUGUCAGUUUAUUUACGUUUUAAGUGUGUUUUGGAGUUUAGUACUUGCUGACUGUGGCUCCUCUGCUGCUGCAUAAUUUAUCAGCUUUCCUCUACCUCAUCCAACCUUGUAAAACAACCAUCACAGGACCACCGCUGACUGGUUAUUUGCGUGGUGCUAUGGUACUGUGUGUGGCACUGGUGCGAGUGUACCAGUAGGGUUUAAAUACUUUCACAAUUACGCCUCAUUUUCCAACCCUCUGCCACUGGCAUCACUGACGCUGCCCUCGUCUGGUUCAUCUCCUGUAUUACUGAUAGAUUUCAGUGCCCUACCUGAACACAAAUGCCGUAACACAAGGGCCCCCCCCCCCAGAUUAGUCCUUGGCUCUGACCUUUUUUAUUAUCUGUGUUGCCUCUUCAGAUCAUUUGUCACCAUGGUCUUCAUUUUUUCUACUGUUGACAAUAAUUAGAUCCAUAUGUGUACCAAGGCUACCACUAUCCUUCUCCUACUUUGCUAUAAUCUUAUUAAUCUUAAUCCAUAGUAUCAAAGACUGUAUUCUCAAUUUAGACAUUGUGACGUCUUCUGUAGUUUAUAACUUCAUUCCGCAUUAGGGAACUGGUCAAAACUGCUUUUACCUCACUCCUAAUACUGCAUGAUUUUGCCCCAUGCUCAUCAUGAUGUUGAAACUCUGGUCUAUGUUCUCAUGUCGACCUGUCUAGACUACCGCGUCUGUUUUCAUUGGUAUUCCUGACAUAACCAUCCACUGUCUUUGGUAUCUUCAGAGAGCUACCGGAAUUCUCACGUUCUAAAAAAAUCUAUCACCCCAAUUCCAUUUCAGUUACCCUGAUUAUCUUUCCGGGUACAUUGGACAUCUUUCAGCAUCAUGGCUCUUAAAUUAUGCAACACAAUCUCUUCAACUUGUCCUUUAAAGCUCAGUAUAAAUCUCUUGCUCUUCUCUCAACUUUCAUUUUCCUCGUCACUCCAGUCAAUUUCUAUCUCUCUCCAGUUGUUGAUAUUGUCCAUUGCUGCUUUUGUAAAGAGACCUAGGAAGUGUGGGAGAGGCACCAUUAUUAUUAUUAUUAUUAUUAUUAUUAUUAUUAUUAUUAUUAUUAUUAUUACCGUGCUUUUCCUGUGGUCAGAACGGUCAACCACCCAAGUAAUAUGUGUCAUCCCUUUCCAUUAACUAUCAAAGUCGAUAAAUUGUGUAACAACAGAUGAGCUGCAAUUAGUAAUUGUAAACCUAUAGUGUGUAUAUGGUUCGUGUAGCUGAUAAUAUGCUGUGUUGGUGUAUGUACUUAAUGAACUGGCAACUCUUUGAAUGGUUUUAUUAGAAAUUACUCUCAACUGUGAGGAUACAGUGUUUCUAUAUAUAGCUUUUUAUAGCUCCUUCCUUAAUUUAAAAGAAAAUAUGACUGCGUUGUUACAGGCUGUGCAGCAGUGAGGAGCCUGUUAUGCAUAAAGCCAUUCUGAUAUACUGAAAACCUCUUCAUUUCUGUGCAAGUUGAAAGAUGAGUCUAUAACGUGUGUACAAAUGUAUCUGUAAAGAUGUCUAUACGUGUGUAAUUAUUAAUAUAAACACU